AUGUUUGCAGCUGUAUCCAAGGGCAAAUACGUGGCGCUGUCGGUCCUCUUACCCAGGGUCGGCGCUCUCCGAAUGCUGGAGCUGUGUUCCUCUCUCGUGGAGCAGCUCGUAUGGGCGGUUGGUUUCAGAGGAAACACUUCCGGGCAGGCGGUUUCUGUCCUUCUCCAAUUUCUCAAGGCCGUGUCCGAGGAGGUGGGUGAGGCUGCGCCAGGUCUUGUGGUCAAAAACUCGAUGUCCGACCCUCCACGUUGUCUUAUCAUGCGACCUUCCUAUUCCUUUGGUCCUCCUGAUCCACGUUGUGUGACAACAUCAAUGCACCGACGUCCCUCUCCGCCGCAGUCGUCGGCCCCUGAAGCUGUCGUAGCAGGCGCGGCAGCAUCUCCGCUGGCAGAAAGGAGUGGCACCGCAACAUUAGCACAAGCAGCAUCACCAGUAGCGAAAUUAGGGGCGGCAGCAUCUCGCCGGAGUGCAAUAGCAGCAUGCAGGGGUUACUGGGUGGGCCCCGCUGCCGCGGCUCUGAUGCAGGAAGACUUGUGGUCGCGCAGUCACGUCGCAGCGUACCUGCUACCAGAGGUGUUCAAGCUUGAUCCGAGGAGCGUUUCAGACCUCUGUUUGGAACUCCGUUCACGGGUCUCUUUUGGCACUGGAGACGAAGAAACGAGCGGAACGCCUUGUUUUUUCGGACACCCGCGUGAAGCGGUGAUGGAGCCGGAUGUGCGCCGUGUAUGGGCCUUGAUGGAAGCCUUUCAGUGGUCGCUGUUGAUUCCGCCGCAGCUGGAAGAAGUCAAAUGGGCUGCCCUGCAUGCAGACGAGACUCUUCGGAUGUCAGCACUGUCGCUGCUGUGCGCGGAUCUGCGAGUUACGACCGUCCCGGCUCGAGCCGAAACGCGCCUUCUUCAAGAGGUGCUGCCUUAUAGCCUGAAGGUCUUCGGGGCUCAGAACAGGCAACUAUUGCUCAGGGCAAUGCAGACCCUCCUGAUACGAAUGAGAGAAACCGCCAGAGUUUGUACCCGAGGCCAAAUGGGCGCACCAUGUCUAGCAGGCAAUCACAAACGGCAGAAGAAGAAACACGGGCAUCGUGACGAAGGUGCCGUCCAGAGUUUAAGCGGAGGUAUGGAGGCAAGUGAUUCCUCUGCAGAGGGAGACGGGACACUGGCAGAGACGCCCGCGGAGACCCUUACGCGCAUUCAUUACUUCACGCGCUGGCUUUGUCAGGAGGUACUCCGGAGCUUGUACCCAGGGUGCCCGUUCGAACGGGAAGUGCUGGGGCUCGAGAUGGCUCAGCUCAUCUUGUCAGAACUACUGCCGUCAGAAGAAAUGGUUGCGUCGAACGAGUCCGAGACAGCCCUCGCAAAGGUGGCGUCCUCUUCUCUUUUCUGCCGGCACUGGGUGGACACGCUGCUUUCCUUGCUGGGAAGCAGCUGGGACCGCUCCCGCGCCCUCGCCUACUCCAUCCUCGCGCGCUUCCCGCGGCCUCUUGCCGGCUACGAGGGCCUAGGCGGCGCCACUCGCCUCGCGGAACAGGGGCUGCGCUUGAGCGGCAGCGGCCGGCAGCGGGAAAGCGACCAGGGUGCCCUUAUCCUUCGUUUGGUGUUCGUGUCGUAUGCUCGAGGGCUACGUCUGCGGGUGCCUCUCCUGGGUACCGAGGUUGCGGGCGGGGGCGUCGUGGGUGGAGAUGUUGGAGAUGUGAGCGAGCUCGGUCGAGGAGAUGCUGUCACAAGCGACGAGGUCGGCGUUGCAGUAGAGGGCGAUGACGGCGAUGCUACGGCACUCUUUCUGGAAGGUCUCUGCGGUGUCCUCUCGCACAGGCUCGACGGCAUGCAGCGUUCGUUCGACGCAAUCCUCGCGAACGACCCCAGCAAAACCUUGGACACCACCACCUCCGCCCUUGCAGUCCGCGCCAUCCCCUCCUUGCCGCACGGGGUCCUCCUGGCGGCUCACCACGUGCUGCUCGAAUCCAAGCUACGUGCUUCAGGAGCUGGACGCUCCUCCUCCUCCUCCUCCUCCUCCGCCACUGGCGAAGGUCGUAGUCGGCGGGGGGCGAAGCCGCAACGUGCAGGGGGUACGCCGGCGACCGCGGGGGUGGGAGGGGAGGGCGGUGCGGUGCAGUGGGAACGGCGGCGAAACGCGGCGGCUUUGCUGCUGGAACAGGCGUUUCGUUCGCUGCGGCUGUCUUUGCUGAUGGUUGGGGAGAACGGCGGCGGUGAUUGUGAUGAUGAUGAUGGCCGCGACGUCUGUGAUGACAUCACCGACGGCGAAAACCCCGAGGGAGCCGUGAAAACCUCACGCAAGCCCCGCUCCGCGGUGAGCGUCAACGCGAACGGGCACAUGGGAAUGGUGUCCCUUGACACCGGCAAGCGAACCGUGUGUACAGCACCGCUCACGGAAAGCAGCAGAAAUAGCGCCCUUGGUUGUGCAGACGGCGCAGUGACAGAGGACGAUGCCCACGGUAUGCCGAAAGACGGUGACUGUGGCAACGACAGCAGUGCUGGCCUGGAAUGGGGUGGUGAGAGUGGGCACCGGAAGACGGACGCGGCGCAGCGCUCGGCAGUGGAAAGCCAGCGCGCGGUCGUCGGGGCGUGGCUGCUGGCGAAAGAGACGUGCCGAUUUUUUUCCACGCUCGUCGUGGCGUCGCCCCUUCCGUCGCAGGAGGAGGCGGGGGUCACGGGAAGUCCUGACUUGAGCGCUGGGGCGUCGGAUGGGGGCAAGAGAGCGGAUGUGAGGGGUUCACGAUCCCUUCUAGCGGCCAAAGACGUGACUGCUAUUGGAGAAACGCUGCUCGAGACCUUGUUGUCUUUGAAGCACAUGGGGUGUGUGGCGUCUGCUCAGGCUGCGUUGCAAACGGUAUGUGAGGCUAUGCUCCACGGAGGGCGGCGGAACGCUCCCUUGGCGCGCCUUCCAUCCCUCUGGCUCGACCAAUUGCUAGGCCAGCUUGCCGGAGAAAAGCAAGAGUUCGUGCUCCGCCGCAGCACCGGGUUGGCGUUCACGUUCAUGGCCAUUCUCAGAGCGGAACCAAGGAGUGUUGAACCCAUCCUGCUACCCCGUUGCAUGGGCCACCUGCUGGCGAUGGCAAAGGCAUACAAAGAUCAAUCCAAGGACAACGAAAGCAAGAGCAAGAACAACACCGGCGACGACACUCAGGUAGCACCGGAAUCGCUGGUGGACGAAGGAGCGUCGAAGGGCGAUUGGAAGAGCACGGUGCAUGCUAUGAACGUGCUGAGGGUUGUUUUCGUGGACGCCACCCUGGCCGACGACGUCUGCCCAUACGUCACCGAGGCUACGAUGGCGGCCGUCUGCGGUUUUGAGCACCCGGUGUGGGCCGUCCGUAACUCGUCCAUGAUGCUCUUCGCCUCGAUCAUGCAACGAGCCGUCGGAGGAGCGAAGAACGCCGCCGAACCUGCCGGAAACCCUUUGUCGGACGGGUCGAAGCGCCCGCGUUCCGCCCGAGCUGCUGUUACCGCUGAGGCGUUUUUCCAGCAACAUCCCAAGCUCCACCCCUUCCUCUUGUCCGAAUUGGAGAGGGCCACCAACUGCACCCCCGAGGCUGGCACUGGGUCUUCGGGCGAGAAAGAAGGGCAAAGGGCAGCAGCAGCAGCGGCGGCGGCACGGGCCGAGAUGCAUCCGGUGCUCUACCCCAUCCUGCUGCUGCUCGCUAGGCUUAAGGCUGGGGGCGAAACAAGCAGCUUGGGGAUUGGGCAGGCAGAGGAUGGCUGCCUGGUUGCAGGAAAAAGGGUUAUCUUAGCACCGAAAUCAAUAUCCGACAAAAGGUUGGGCCGGAAACGGCUCGUUGGGCAUGGUUUCGGAAGUGCGCGCGAGGAGUAUUGUUGUUUCGCACGCCCUUUCUGUGUUUUAUCCAUCUUGACCUACUCAGUGCGCGGAAUGUGCGAUACACAUCUACAAGGCGCUGCUCAAGCAUGUGUUGAGAUUCACGUGUUGUGUCUUGCUGGAUGGGAUAUCCACAAGGCACGCGUGUGCGGCACUGCGAGGCGACGGCCUGCUAACACGCGGGAAACGCUUUGUGUACCGUCGUGCGUAUCGCAACGCGGGUCUCAGGUAGGCGCCUGUCCCCUGGACGUUGCAACACCGACAGAGUCGUUCGUACCGGCAGUCAUCCGAUGUGCCGGUAACCCCCACUUUCUUGCAAGACUCGCGAGCUCCCGAGCCCUGGCCGCCCUGGUCCCGCCCGCUCGAGCCCACGGUGUGGUGGUGGACCUCCUCCGAAGGUUACCGAAGAGCCCAGCCGAUGCAGAGUCGACCGGCCCCGGCGCACACAACCACGUUCAUGGAACUUUGCUCCAGGUGCUGGAGCUGCUGCUCGCCGUAAGAGCUCGAUCGAACAGUGGUCAGCCUGCGGAGGGGACAACGAAGGAGCGCGAGAUUCCUGUGGAUAGUUCCGGAUCGACAUGCUCAGAAUCGGAGGCACAGCUGCCGGAAUUGAGUACGGCCGUGCUGGAACUCUCCUGGCUCGCUGACCCGGUGCAGUCGCGGUGCCCCCCGAUUAGAAGCGCCAUGCUUCAGGUUCUGGAGGUGCUCUCUGGAUUGGAGACCGAACGGCGUCGAUGUAUCACCACGCCUGGAGCAGUCCAGUCUGCCCUCCAUCGCGCCGAGGAGAUGAACUUCUCUCUUGAGGCCGGUCCGCAGGUCACACCGUCUGGGGAUCGCCGCGUGGUGCCCGGUCGUUCUGUCUUGGCUUCCGCGAUUGUCGGCGCAGUGAUUCGACGCCGCCUGACCCUGGCUUUCAACGGGUGUAGGGCGGCUGCCGAGCUUAGAGCCGGUGGUGAUGUUAGCUUGGGCGAGGGAACUGCGAUAAAUCCAGCAGGAGACACAGGGAAGGUUUCCGGCGAGAGCGCGAUGGGCGUGGUGGCGAGCGUAAACCCAGGGGUUGGUGGUGUUAGCGCGCGUGUGACCACUGCGCCGGGCAAGAACAAACGCGACGAGGAACACGAAACGUCUGAGGUGACGCAGGCGCGGUACGUGGCGGAGCUGUUUUUGACGCCCGACGUAGAUGUUCGCGACGCAGCGAUCAAGGCAACAAAGAAGUUUAUUGGUGAGGGUUCGCGUCGAAGGAACCUGGUGAUGUCUCCGCAGGGCUCGUACCUGAUCUGGGCUGGUGCUGCAAAAGCUCUAAUGGAGGAGAGCCACCCUCCGAACGUCAGGCGACUUGUUCGCCUGCUAGCUCGUGUCGGGCUCCAUCUGCGAGGGUAUUGUGUGCCUCCUGCUGCAGUAGACUCGCUGUGGAAGCAUCUUCGAAGGCUUUUCGACGGUGAAGGUGGGCCCGGGGAGGCCCAAGCCGGUGCCUUGGAGGUGAUGGGGGUAAUCAUCCGCCUUGACAGACGACAGCGCCUGGUGAACGAAAUUCAAACCGAUGAAAAGGGCGGCUCAAGCUUCAUUGCCGUUCGCGUCGAGGAGUACGCGAGCUUUUUGGAGCGGGCGGUGGGCCCCGCACAACCGGUUGUAGCGAGGGCCGCCGCGGCCGCGUCGCUGGCGUCUGCGGGGAUCCUUUCGACUGCUGCCCCAACGUCUACCACAUCUACUGCCGGCGCUUCCGCCGCGUGUCCCGCGUUCACCGCAUCUUCUGCUGCUAGCAAUGACACGAAAGGAGAAGCAAGAUCGAUCCCACGAACGGUUGCGGCCGCCGGUGACACCGCAUCAGGCCAGCACGGAGAACAGUGCCCAGACCUUUCCUCCGGCACGUUUGGGAGGUCGUGGUUCGUAGCACUGUCGCUCCUGCAGGAUGAUGACGAGCGGGUGCGCAGUUUCGCCGCACGCGUUUGCGCUGCCGCGGUCAGCAGCAGCACCAAUUCCGCCCAAGGAGCGCGAGACGGGGCAGGUGGCCGUGUGGAUCUGUGCGCGGUGGAUCUCGCCCUGGCCAAUCUGGCGUCUCUUGCCAAGGAAGGCGGGGCGUACACAGCGGAGGACCUGGUGCUGAACCUUCUUCGAGUUUUCGGUGGUAUGUUGGCGGAAUGCAGCGUUCGUGCCGGAAAAUCGCUUGGAAGUAUUGGUGACGGUGCUGCUGUUGGUAUGAAGGGAGUUGGCGUGAUCUCGCCGAGCCACGAUGAUGAUGUGGAUGGCCUCGCUGGUGGGGACGGCGACGCCGACAUCAUUUUCGGGCGGGAGGAGCGAAGCCAGUUUCAAGAGCCGACGCUGUUCGCAGGCGUCGCUGCGCCCUACCUUUGCCGUGCGCUCGAGGCUCUCGAUGGUGGUGAGGGCAGCAUCCCUGUUUUUCCAGAACCCGUUUCGCAAGGACUCGUGAACGUACUUGGAAAAUUCGCCGGAAUGCUUGAGGGGUUGAGCGGUGUGACGAGCUUAGCUUGGGAACCGGGUGUGUACCAAGGGGUCAUGUGUUCUGCAUUGAUUGGCGCGUCUAUCAUGGAGUAUUUGUGUUCUCGAGGCUGUCGGAUUGAAAGUCGUGGUCGCGAUGAAGCCGCCGGCAUCGAACUAUCUGGCCAGUUGCGACGUGCAAAAGAAGCGUGCGGAUAUUUCGAGUCAGGUAUUGGAUGGAGUGAGGGUUCACACCCCGCGGUUUCGGAGGUAGUUGCUCGAACCUUGCUUUUGGUUCAUUCGGAAGAAGCGGUGUCCCUCGAGCCUCAGGUGGCGUUGUAGUCCAACUACGGGCCUCAGACUUCAACCUCUUUCUUGUUUUGCCCAGUUAGCAGCAUCGGCUAUGUUGGAUGACCUGUUGGCCAUACCUGUCUUUUGGGCGUGUCCGUGAGCAUGUGGUUUUACCCCUGGUGUGAGAAGGGGGGUGCAAGAGGUGUGCCAAGCAUUGCCCUCCUCUUAUGUUAAGAUGAAAUACGUGUUCGCAGGAUCGGACACUCUCUAGAGUGUGGCUUGCUUCAUUUCCUUCGUAAAGUUGUUCAGUGGUCCCGAUCUACGGUAGUCGUGACCCAGUUGUGCAGAGGAAGCGACGACGAUUUGUGGUUUGUUUCGCAUGAACCGCCAAUGGCCGGGCGAAUAAGUAGCGAAUUAAUUGGACCGAAGUCGGUGAGCAGGGAGAGGGAUUUCAAUCUACGAUGUUUUGCCGGUAACGCCAAG